AUGCUUUCGGUUUGAUGUUCCUCUUUGUGUUCGUGUGACGGCAUAGUCGCAUGAGGUCCGAAUUCGAAUCCACGAAGUUGAAUAUGAAUCACUGAUUACUGUGAUAAUUGAUAUUUGUAAAUAAUGGAUAUCGGAAGAUUAAUUAAAAAGAAGAAACGGGUCAAGCGUGAUGGCAACCUUCAGCAAUUGGCUGAAAUUGUUAAAGAGCUUGGUGACGUAUACUUUGAAAGUGACAAGUAUGAAGAUGCUUUGCAGGAAUAUACAGAACAACUGGAAAUUUGCAAUAUCUUAGGAGAUAAAUUAAAUAUAGCAGUUGCUCAUAGAAUGAUUGGAGAAAUACAGGCAAGUCUUGGCAACUACGAGGAAGCAUUGAGCCAUCAAAAUCUUUAUUUGGAAGGGGCCAAGGAGAUACAAAAUUUAUUAGAAGAACAACGAGCUUAUGCAACAUUAGGUAGAACAUAUUUUUGUUGGGCUGAAAGUCAGCCUGAAGAAUCUGAAAGAAAACCUGAUGCUCUUAUAAGUGCAAGACAAGCGUACACGAAGAGUAUACGUCUUUGCAAUGAAUUGGGUGAUACUAACAUUGACCUAAAAGAAUUAAUGACAAUGAGGGCACGAUUGUUACUGAAUUUGGGAUUAGUACUAGAAGCUGAAAAAAAACACCAAGAGGCUGUUGAUCUACUGGUAAAAGCUGCAGGUUUAUGUAAGACACACAACUUACGGGAAGAUUUCUAUAGAACGCAAAUUGCUCUCGGAGGAAUUUACGAGCGGAAUCGCGAUUAUGAUCUGGCUUUAACACAUUUUGAAACUGCCAUUGAAGUUGAUAAUUCAUCUUUGAAAGCGGAAGCACGAUUUCUUCAAGCAGAAUUGCUUUUAAAAAUAGGAAAAUGGACCGAAUCAAGAAAAAUAUUAGUGCUUCUUUACGUUACGGAAAACUUACCACAAAAUCUGAAGCAUCAAGUAGAAAAAUGUCUCAGGAUAGUUGCAACAUUACAAACAACUGAAGAAGCUUUAACUACAGAAAAAGAUACCAGCAUUAAGUUGAAAUAUUAUGAGACAUUAGGAGAUGCGGCGGUGGCUGCACACUGUUUUGAGGAAGCUGUAGAAUAUUACAGAAAGAUGCUCAUGUGUGCUGAAGAAAUACAAAGCGAUCGCACAGGGGCAGCUUUAUUAAGUUUAGCCCAAACAUUGAAAGAUGUCGGACGAUAUAACGAAGCAUUGGACUUUGCUCGUAGAGAACUAGAACUAUGCACAAAUUCACGUGAAAUAUGUAGAUCUGCUUUGUUCUUAGUAGAUUUAUUAAUAACUAUUAAGGCAAACAACAAAGAGAUAGAAGAAAUUUAUAGUCUAGCCUUAAAAAAUGCAAAAGCUUCCAAUGAUAUUUCUUUAGAAACAAGUGUUUUAAGAGAACACUUGAAUUAUCUAAGAAAUACUAAUAGAACAGAAGAGAUAGGAGCACUUUCGGAAAAGUUAGAUACAUUGGAAAAAUUAUGUAAUGAUACAGAUAGCGAAAGCGAAUCAGAAGAAAACGAUAUUGGCGCAAACAUUUGCUUGGAAGAUUUGUCGGAUGUUGAAGCAGAAUUAAAAGUUAGAGAAAAUGUUAAAAAUAGAAAACGAACGAGAAAGACGUCGGUUGCUAUAAAAAGGAACGAAAAAGGAGAAACACAACUUCAUGUAGCUUGUAUACAUGGGAAUGUUGAAACUGUAGAAAAAUUAUUAGAAUCUGGUCAUUUAACGAAUGUUAGAGACCAUUUUGGCUGGACUCCUCUUCAUGAAGCAGCUAAUCAUGGUCAUGUUGAAAUUGCAAAAUUAUUAUUAGAAUAUGGUGCAGAUGUAAAUGAUCCUGGAAGUUUGAUGUGCCAAGGAGUUACUCCUCUUCAUGAUGCGGCUUCUUGCGGCAAUUUUGCCAUGAUGAGAUUUUUAAUCGAACAUGGAGCAAAUGUGGAACUUAAAACGAACGAUGAUGAUACUGCACUAGAUUGUCUAGAACAAUGGAGGAAUCGUGUUAAUGUUUUAUCUUCUGAAGAUCAAAUGGAGUAUGAUGAAAUGCACAAAUUAUUGUCUGCUAUGAUACCAAUGAGUAAUAAGAGAAUUUCGAAACGAUCUCAUACAUCAUCAUGCAAUUCAAAAACUCACAGUAUAGAUGAAAAUGUUGUUAUAGAAAAGAUCUCUGCAGGUGAAGAUUAUAAAAGAACUAUAGCUAGCUUAAAACACAGGAAUGAUCCAAUUGGAGCUUCUUUGUCCUCUAUGAAACGAAAUGUAAAUCCACUUUUGAAUAGUGAAGAGGUUCUUUUGGAUGAUUGGUUGGAAGAUGAUAUCAAUGAAAGUAUAAAUAAUAGAAGGUGCUCUGAUGAACAUUCCUCCUCAAUGACGAAGAGAAAAUCAAGUAAUGGAAAUAUCGAUGUUGAGAAAAAUUUAAAACGACAAAAAAUGAAUGAUCAAGAUCAAGUAAUUGAAGAUAAUGAAUGUGAUGUAACAGAGGAGGAUAGUAAUGAUAGUUGCAGUACUGAAAUAAGACGAAUUUCUACUGAACGUAAGAUUCAGAAAAAAAAACAGCAAACGUUGUUAUCAAUUGGAUUUACUAAAGAUUCUACUUCUCGAAGUCCCUCACCUGUAAUUCCAUUUAACACAGAAUGUGAAUUAACAGAAAUCAAUACUAUAAGAUCAGUUAUUUUAAACAUCCUUGUAGAUGGAAAAAUGUUUAAAACUCAAAUAGAAUUUUCGAAUACAAUGAGGCCAUUAGUAAAAGAAAUUGUAGCUGAUAUUGAAACUAAAUUCUACAACGAUACUGGAUGUAAAGUAAAACUAGAUCUAAAAACUAUGGAUGGUAUUGCGAUCAAUUGCAAUAAUGUGUUCACGAUAUUAAAUGAAGGGGAUAUUGUUAAAAAUUUGGCAUGCGAAAUAAUUGAGUUAGAAACUCCUUCUAUUGUCGAGCGAUAUGGGGCGAUUUGUAAAAAUUACAAUAUAGAUGUUCGAGAAUGCAUAUUAAAGUGUUUGAAGUCAUGCGAGAACACGUUUACUUUCCGGUUAAAACAAGAAGAUAUUAGAAAAGAAGAAUUUAUAUCUUUAUUGAAAACUCUAGAAUAUCAAAAGAAUGUUCAAAUAUUAGAUUUAUCCGGUGGUAACUUAUAUGAACUUGGAAAAUCUUUAAAUGAUUGUAUUUUAAGAUUGUCAGCUUUGCAAGAAUUGUGCCUUCAAGGAUGUGAUAUAGAUUGUAAGUGUUUAAGUAAAUUAGAGAAACUACCUCCACAACUUAAGUUUCUUGAUCUCAGCUAUAAUCCUCUUGGAUCAUCAAGUCAAGAAAUCUUAUUCAAACUUUUCACCCCUUUAACACAGCUACGGACAUUGAAUUUGCGAUAUUGUCAAUUAUGUAAUUUUCGUUUUCUUUUAAACAACAAUAGUCUAGUAAAUUUAGAUAUUUCUUGGAACUGUUUCAGUGAAGAUGAAGUCUGUGCCACUUUACAAAGGCAAUUACUUAAUUUGAAUUUAUCGAAUACUAUUUGUUCUAGGGAUUUUAAUUUGGUUAAAAAUAUUUUUAAUAAAACAGAUUUUUCAUUUGUUAAUUUAGAAUGUUUAGAGCUUGCUUCAUGCGAAUUAUCGGAUAUUGAUAUUAGAAAUAUAUUGUCACGUGUAUCGAAUCUUUCGAAGUUGGUGCUUAAAGGAAAUAGAAAAGUGGGAGCACAAUCGCUGAAUUUAUUAUUGAAAUACACACCAACACUAAGACAUAUCGAUGUUAGUGGAUGUGAAAAUAUUACUGAAUUUCCUGAUUCUGAAGUAUUUAUUGAAAAACCUGAGAUUUGUACAUUAAUCGUGAGUAUGUAUCCAGAAGUGUGCGACUGUUGGGUUCAUUUAUGGCGAGGGAAGGGUGUAGUAAAGAAACUUCCGCAUAAUCUUACUAUUUUUAAACCGGUACUUUAAUAUUUUUAUACAUAUAAUACUAUGUGUGCAUAGAAUUGAAAAGAGUUACAAAUUACAGAAAGCAUUCAUUUACUUUAAAACAUAUUUCAUCAUUUUCUCUCAUUUGCAGUAGCUUAAAAAAUAUAUUUUUAUACAAACUAUCUUUUGUAAAUUGUAAAUUAUCUAAAUAUGUCCAUAUUAGAUCUCAAUAGGUAUUUCCUAAAAUGACAAAUUUGAAAUACCGGAAGUGUAGUAUAUUUUACUGCACUUCCUGGCAUCAAAGUGAAUGGGAACAUUUAAUAAAGUCCAAUUCAAUGUAUAACUGUUACCAAAUUUUAUACUUUACAGUAACCUUUCCUUCAAACUGCUGUUCAAUCGAAUCACAAAAGUUAUAAAAAAUGCAUAUAGUUAAAUAAAGGUAAUAUUUAAGUAACAUGCUAAAAAUGUUCUAUAACAGAAAAUAUUGUAAUAUACAUUGUAAAUAUUUUUAACAGGCAAUAAACGUUGUUUACCUUU